AUGAGCCUUCUAGCAUACCUAUCAAGAAUAAAAGGGCAUCUUCUAUCGCAGAAGCUCCCUGGGACAUACAGGUCGGAGUCCAAUAGAAACUUUAUGGCCAUCCUUUUUAUCCUAGGCCUCAUAAACUUUACACUUGGCAUAAUGGCAACACUUGUAUAUAGUAGCCUAAUGGAAGUAACUAUUCCAUACACAAAUGAUAUGAGCACAGAUGUUUAUCUUCCUAAAGGAAGGACCUAUCUUUUUCUGGAAAUGAAGGAUUUCUAUCAGACCAACCUGAGGUAUAGUAAAAGCAUCAGCUAUGACCAGCUUAGAGGAGAGAGGCCAAAGAGUCUCAACUCAGCCAAGCCACUAUCCUACGAUGAUGGUAAGAUCAUAUAUCCAGCAGGAAUGCUCCCAAAUAGCUUUCCUCAUGACUCAUACAGGAUUGAUGGGGUCGAUAUUGAGACUGAAGGAAUUUCAUGGGAGUCAGAAAGAAAUGCAAUAAAGCCAUCAUCUUACACAAGAGAUGAAGUUGUUUCUCCUCCACUAUGGCCAGAUUAUGAUGAAAUUCCUAAUCUGAGCCUGGACGAGAGAUUCAUAAACUGGAUUUACAUAGCGCCAUUUCCCAGUUUUAGAAAGCUUUGGGGAGUGGUGGAUGUAGAGACAGAGGGAAUGUAUACAUUAAACAUUACUUCCAUGUUUCCAUAUGGAAAGAAAUACGUAUCAUUUGCACAGUCGUCGAUAAUAGGCCCGAAGAAUUACUUUCUAUCCAUUGGGUUGAUGCUUGUUGGGCUGGCGAUGAUCUUGCUUUCUCUUCAUAAUCACUGCUUGUAA